CGACUUUGGAUUAGCAUGUGAUGUGUCAGCUGCCAAGUUGGGCUCCUACAUUCAGACCCGUCCAUACCGGACAACCAGUUGGUUCCAGGAAGCCUGCUUUCCUCCGGAUCCUGUACCUACCAGGUGCAGUCUUUUCUUGGACAAGGCAKUUUUGGAAAAGUUGUCAAGUGCAAGAYACUGGAAGACGACAAGACUGUGGCCAUCAAAAUGAUUAAACUGCAGUGCAGUUCUGUAAAGAUGAUUAAUCAAGAGGUGGCUACACUGAAGAAAUUGAGAUCUUUGGACCUGGACAAGCAAAACAUCGUUCAGUGGUACCAGUUCUUCACGGACAGAGAACACAUCUGCCUGGAGUUUGAGCASCUGGACAAAAGUCUCUUCGAUUUUAUGAAGGAGCGAAAUUGCAGACAUCUCCUUCUGAAAGAGAUUCGCCCAAUUGUCCAGCAGAUUGCUCAUGCGCUGAAGCARUUGAAGGCUGUGGGGAUUAUCCAUGCAGACCUCAAGUUGGAAAACAUCAUGCUAGUUGAUCAGCUACGGGAGCCCUUCCGUGUCAAAAAUCCUCCAUCAGGUGCUGAGGGGAAGAAAACAGACCAGCCCCACCACACUGACCUACAUCCCWGCACCACCACCCAGACUGGAGGAACUGAUGAGUCCACAAAGCAGAAGACUGAUCCCAAUGUUGUGCCGCCUCCCAAGAAAAUGUCUCCUCCAGGAUCUCCAGAGAUCAUGCUGGGGCAUCCCUUCACAGAGGCCAUAGUCACGUGGUCUCUGGGACACAUGGCUGCUGUGAUGUACCUCGGGCCCUGCUGUACCCUGGAUUGA